AUGCUCGAGAAUGACGACAUCUCUGCCCUACGUUUAGAAGGAUUCAAAAUGGACGAACAGACUGUUUAUUGCGCAACACUGUCACCAGCUCAAUCUUCUAAACCAAAUGCAAUGUCUGUGGAUUCCUUGCGGUCCGCUGAGGACUCUCUUUUGCUACAAGCAACUACCUCCGGUAUCCGUCUCAUUGGAAUCCGGGCCCUACGAAGUCGUGGUUGUUUGGUGGAAUGGCGCCCACCCAGCGGUCGAGGUGUUUCCUGCUUGAGCUCCCAUCAUUCUCUGGUUGUUGUGGCCAGUGGGACGGAAUUGUAUGCACUUCAAGUAACGGGUGCCCCAGAUGCUCCCACAUUUGAACAACUUGCUCAUCGUACCAUGCCACACGAAGUUGCCUGCAUCGACCUGACUCCAUUCGAUCACGCCCGCGCUGCAACAGUCUUUGGCCGUCCGUUAUCGAGUGAUUCUCCCCCUGAUCCCNUGUCGGUCUUUGGCUUGGGCAUGGUCUAG